GACUGAAGACUGACUGAAAUGUCAGUACCUAGGUAAUUUAUCCCGUUUUGUUGAUGAUUAUCUAUCAUAUUUUUACUUCGAAUAAAUAAAAAUAUACAAUUUUGUAGGUACGUAGCAGCUGUUUCAUAAUAUCUAUAUUAGCUGAAAAAUGUAGCUGUUUAUUGUGUAACCAAAAAGAACUGUCUAAAAUGAGUGUUAAGAAGGGAAAAGGUCCUGUGUUCGACCCAGGUCUUUGCAGAUGUUGCGGUGCUAUGAAAAAGUGCAGAGUUUUGAAUGUUGCGUAUGAAUAUAUGGGUGAAGCACUGGUGUAUUCAGACCUGCUGAUGGAUUGCUUUGGUUUACUUGUGUCCCAUCUUGAUGGUAAGCCAUCGGAGCGCCUCAUAUGUGCCACGUGCGUGAUGAGACUCCGAGACGCGUGCAGCUUCCGCAAGCAGGUGCUGCAGUGUGAAGAGGCGUUCCUGCAGAUGAAAAUGUUAGACGGGGAUCGGGAAGAUCAAAAGCACGCCAUCAAUCAUAUGCAGAUGGAAGAGGCGAUAGUGGAAGGAGCUCCUAAAAUUGAGCUCCAGUUGAAGGUGGAGGCUGACGGGAGCGGCGGCUCCGGAUGCGAGGACGCGGGAACUGAUUACGACCAACAAAACGAAACAGCUGAUGUUAAACCUGAGAAUAUCGAUGACAUGUCUAACGAUGACAUACCUCUGAAUCAGCUGAUGAGGGGCCCCGGGGCCCCGUCGCCGGGGCCCGCGGGCCCUGACCUGGGUACUAAUGGAGUCACACAGUCACAAAUUGUUCAAAAACCAAAACUUCCAAUGUCAAAAGUGCAACAGCUGAUUCGAGAAAGAGACCCGUCCUACAUGACAGAGACGAAUAUACUAACCAUAUUGGAGUUCUCAUACGUCUGCCCGUUCAAGUGCAGGCACAACCAUCUCCUGUGCUACUACUGCGGUCAAAACUUCACCGAUCCGCAACACAUGAGAGAACACACAGAAACGUACCACCAUCCGAGGAAAUUCAAAAUCACCGAACACAAGAACAUGAUUAAAAUCGACUUAACAAGAAUCGAUUGUCGAUUGUGUACGCAAAUAAUUACAACACUGGAAGAAUUCAAAAUUCACAUAACAUCGAUGCACGGGAAACAUUACUAUUUCAAUUAUAAAGAUUCGGUUUUGCCAUUCCGUUUGACGAAAGAUUUGAAGUGCGCGCUGUGUGAAGUGAACUUUCCGUAUUUCCAUGCGUUGAACAAGCAUAUGAACGAACAUUUUAGUAAUUACGUGUGUGAAACGUGUGGUUUGGGUUUUGUGGACAAGGGCAGGUUUGUGAUGCAUCAACAAAGGCAUGACGAAGGUGACUUUCCGUGUGAAAGUUGUGGAAAAGUGUUCAAGGCGCAGUAUAAUCGAGAUCUUCAUAUAGACAGGGUACAUAAGAAAAAAGGUCGUGUUUAUUGCCCUAAAUGUGACAUAAAGCUCAUGUCAUACCCGCAAAAGCUCAAACAUCUAGUGGAAGUCCACGGUGAAGCGCCAUUAAGCUUUCCCUGUAAUAUGUGUGAUAAAAUCUUUGAAACAAGACGAAUGCUCACUAUACAUAGGAGGAAGGAUCACCUUAAAGAUUAUAGAUACGAGUGCCAGUGUUGUGGGCAGAAGUUUUUCACCCGGUUCGCACUGAACAACCACAUGCCGACGCACACGGGCGAGAGGAACUUCAAGUGUAAAGUCUGCGAAAAGUGUUAUCCGCGACUGAAGACACUCAAAGACCACAUGAGGAUACACACAAACGACAGACGCUACAGAUGCCACAUAUGCGGACAAGCGUUCAUACAGAAUUGUAGUUUGAAGGGACAUAUGAAGAGUCAACACCCUGAAUACGGAUAAAAGUCACAUUUUUAAGUAUAUUUCUAUGUAUGUUAGUCUGUAAGGUGUCACUAUAUAGUAUAAAAUAUAGUCGCUGCCCGGUGUCUGUCUUAUAUAUGCUUAGAUUUUGAAAUGUGUGUCUUGGAUGUUUAUCUAUAUAUGUAUUUGUUAUAAAAUAUAGUAUCGUUGAGUUAGUAUCCCAUAACACAAGUCUCGAACUUACUUUGGGGCCAGCUCAAUCUGUGUGAUUUGUCCUAAUAUAUUUAUUUAUGUAUUAAAACUACGCAACGUAUUUUGAUGCGGUGUUUUUUAAUAGAUAGAGUAUUCAAGAGGAAAGUUUAGGUGUAACCUAUGAUUUAUUUAUGUUUUUACCAGGAAUUAUUAAAUAUUAGUCAAGAAUCAAAAAACUCGCAUCAAAAUCCGUUGAGCAGUUUUAAAGGUCUAAGCAUACAUAGGGACAGACAGCGGGCAGCGACUUUGUUUUAUACUAUAAUAGUGAUAGUGAUUUAUUUGCGAUUAUUUAUUUAUUUAAGAUUAAAAAUACACACUAUCGACUUAAAUGAUAUAUCGAUAUCGAUAUGUCACAAUAUUAUCGAAUCGUUAACAACUAUCGAUUCUAUUGGUUGUCUUAACAAUACUGCCUGUCUGUUUGAAUGAAUAUUUAAUACAUAAAUAAAGAUAGUAAAACGAAACAAUAAAUUUUAUAUACAGGGUUACUGUUACUGGUACCAAACGCAAAACCUCCUAAAGACUACUUGGGCACAUCGAAACAAGCAACUUUUAUUCUACGACUAUUCGUGAUUCGUAGUUCUUUUUCUUCAUAUAAAUAAAUACAAUAUAAUUUGCGAUUCUACACAUGUUAACUCUAUGUAACAGCCAAGCAACACGGAAUCGAAUAUAGAGUUAACGUUUUAUAGAAACGACAUUAAAACUAAAAAAGGAAAAUUUUUGUAUUUAUUACGUUUAGACAAAAGCCGUAGAACAAAAGAUGUCAGUCUCUAUGUACCUUAUGCGCCUUUGGAAGGUUAUGCGUUAGAUACCAGUAACCCUGUAUAAAUAAUUUUGAUUGUCAAAAUUGUCUUGUACGCCUGGGGGCCUACCACGAAACACGUAACACGUCAUUGCGUUCACACGAAGAGUACACGACAUGGUAAAAAGAGACACCAUGUGGAUGUUGGUAACGUGCUACGAAUUUGUGUGUUCCGUGGUAGGCUUUCAGUUCAACCAGAGUUCUUAAUAAAAUAAAAUUCAUAGAAAAGUUUAAGCACAAAAUAUGUUUUGUCUCUCUCUCUCGCUCGACUUUGGGACGGUUACAUUCGGAGCUGUGAGGCCUCGUGAGGGUUCGUAAAGGUUAAAAUUAACAUUAAAUGGAGAUGCGACUAUGCUUUUACAAUCUGCCCUGACGUAUACCAUCUUUGGGAAUGCUGUCGACGACCUCGGUGGCGCAGUGAUAAAGUGCUUGCCUCUGAACCGAGAGGUCCCGGGUUCGAUACCCGGUCGGGUCAUGAUGGAAAAUUAUCUUUCUCUGAUUGGCCCGGGUCUUGGAUGUUUAUCUAUAUAUGUAUUUGUUAUGAAAUAUAGUAUCGUUGAGUUAGUAUCCCAUAACACAAGUCUCGAACUUACUUUGGGGCCAGCUCAAUACAGAUUGAGCUAGCCCCAAAGUAAGUUCGAGACUUGUGUUAUGAAGAUACAGAAAGAGACAAAAGAUAGUGUGACCACAACCUCAAAUAGGACCUCCUCAAAAAUCCUCCUAAUCCCUAGGAAUAUAGUCUUAAUAUAGGUAGACAACUAUAAAUAUAUUAGGACAAAUCACCUGUGUGAGGUAAGUGUGGUCACAUUAUCUUUUGUCUCUUUCUGUCAAUGGCAAAUGCUACAAAGUGCGUUAAGGACAAAACAUAUUUUAUCUUAAAGUAUGUUACAAAUGUAUUUAUCUUAAAAUUUAAUUUUAAUUGGAAUUUUAUUUAGCCCUCUGUCUUUUUGAUUAAUUCCUAAUCGACAUUUUAUUUUUUGAAUAUUCAUUUUAAAUAAAUUACAUAAUGAAUUUUAACUGUUUUUUUUUAAAUAAAUAACAGUAAAUAUAAUGUAAUUUUUAAUUGUAAUAAUAAAUUAAUAUGUUUUAUA